AUGACAACAACAACUUCUUCAAUAGCAUUCAUAUAUAAAGAUGGAAUAAUAAUUGGAGCAGAUACGCAGGUAACUAAAAACAACUCUUAUUUUCAUCACAAUAUGAAUAGAAUUUAUGUUUAUGAUGAUUUUAUUGUUACAUUCAGUGGAGAUGUGGCUGAUUUUCUUUCUGUAAAAGAAUUUAUUGAUAAAACAAUAGAAGAAGAAAUAAGAAAAUUAGAUACUGAAACUAUUUAUAGUAUAAUUCAAAGGUAUAUUUAUAAUAAGAGGAGUAAAGGCAAACCUUUAAAGUGUUCUGUAAUUAUUGGAGGUAAAUCUAAUACUUCUAAUACCGAUAGUAAAUUUAUAUUAUCAGCUGUUAAUUCUAAAGGUUCUUUUUAUAGUGAUACAUCAAUAGCUACUGGUAUUGCUGGACAUGUUGUUUUACCUUCUAUUAGAGCUGUUAAUACUUUGGAGAUGAAUAGAGAAGAAGCAAUUGAUUUUAUUAGAACUUGUUUAAGAACUUCUGUUUAUAGUGAUAAAACUUGUUCUAAUUCAGUUCAAAUUGUUCUUUUUGAAGAUGAAAAUAAACUCUGUUUAAAUGAACAAAUAACAACUAAAUGGAGUUUUAAUAACAAUGAAAUAAAACUUUGA